AUGUUCCAAUCUACCGAGGACAUUGUUGAAUUCCUCUGGCGCCGCGACGAAUUUGAGUACUCUCGUCCUCGGAUGAGAUCUCAGCUGGCCUGGAUCAUCUGUACCAUGUCCUACGCUGGAUUCCGGCAAGGGGAAAUUGUUGAAUCCGUGGACUGGUUAGGGUUGAAUGAAGGAAUACAUUAUAGGGAUGUGGAUGUACAGGUUUCCCGCUUCCAGGGAGCUCUCCAAUACUCAGUCAUGGUCCGCCUGCGGAAUAGAAAAGGUCAACGUGGGGGAGAAACAUGGAUGUCCUCGCCGUUUGUCAUGGAAUCAGAUCCUUCCAACUGGUAUACCUGCCCUGUCAUGCAAUUCCUCGGAUUCGCGCUUGCGGAUGAUGUCUACGACGACUUAUCAAACAUCACCUCGUCCAUGAAGCUUCCACAGUCAGCGAACUCUCAUACUUUCCAAAUGAAAGCCGGCAAAGAACAUCUGCCAGUAUGCCGUAGGGCCAAGCGUAAUGGCAGCAUUUCACCUGAUAGAAUAAUGACGGGGAGUUUACUUUGGAAAUACUUGAAAGAUGUUGGAUAUCGUUGCGGUUAUAAAGAACAGCUCUCUGGGUACGCCUUCCGCAGAGGUUGCGGUAAUCAACUUGAAGGUCCACCACCCUAUCGCCACUGCUAUUUUCCAUGCUGGCCCAACAUCUUUAUAGAUACGGUGACUGUUGCCCAAAGACGUCAAGUAAUGGGACACGAGGGCAAGUUUGAUCAAGUCUUCCAGAAGUACUAUGCCUCAGACAUCAUCGGCAUAGAUCUUGCCUCUGUCGUCCGGGGAAGGUCUCAAAAUCAAGAAUACAUUGACUUUAUGCGCUCUAUCACUUUCGGAAGGGAUACCAACGCGCCAGUUCCAGCAGGAUCGCUUAUCAACGAAAUCCCGUACGUCGUCUCGGAGGAAGAGCUCGAACAGUUGCGAGUUCCAUAUCCCAAUCAGAAGCGGAACGACCUCGUAAAAAAGGCAAAGAAAAGUCACUUCGAAACGAAGAGAACAGCGUUCUUCACUACCCUGGAACGCCAUCAAUACUCUCUUGAGGGGGCUAACAGCUUACAGGAAGGCGAUAACAGCUCACAGGAAGGCGAGGAGAAACAACCAUCAUAUUCCUGCAAGGUUAUGCUGAAAUAUGACCAUGACAGAAGGGCUGUCAUUGAGAGCUUUUGGAGCCUCUGGAGCCAACCGCCUAAACCACUGGGCGAAGUAUUACGCUCUCUACAGGCAGUGGCGGACCCAUCGGCUCGGAAAAGGCAUUAUUAUCCAGGGGCGGAGUUCAAGAUUCAGUGCUUCUGCCCGAACUUGAACAGACUCAUUCGACCAACAAAUUUUGCGUUCCAUGCCGGUGUUGGGUACCAUCCGCGAGCUGGAAAGAUCAUCGCCAGAUGCACCGACAACGACUCCAGGAAGAAAGAGGAUACUUCUGCGGGUUUGGAAGACGCCUUGGACUAA